AUGUCGGUGCUGCCCCAGGAGAUCCAUGCCGAGCUGGCCCAGCUCUUGCAAGCCCUGCAGUCCCCCGACAACUCCGUCAGAUCUCAGGCCGAAGACCAUCUACAGAACAAUUGGACCAACACGAGACCUGACGUCCUGUUGAUGGGCCUGGCCGAGCAGAUCGCCGGUUCCACUGAUGCCUCGCUUCGUUCCUUUGCCGCCGUCAUAUUCCGUCGCAUAGCCUCCAAGACGCGCAAGACAGAUAAGGGUGACAAUGCCGAAAUGUUCGUUUCUCUGCCUGUCGAACAGGCAACAGUCAUUCGCCAGAAGCUCCUCGAGACCUUAGCAACCGAGUCCGAUCGCCUGGUCAGGAAUAAGAUUGGCGAUGCCGUGGCAGACGUUGCCCGGCAAUACUCAGAGAACAACGAGCAGUGGCCCGAGAUCCUUGCCGGGCUAUUCCAACUGAGCACCUCCUCCGACGCGGGUCAGCGCGAGACUGCCUAUCGCGUCUUUGCCACCACGCCCGGUAUAAUAGAGAAGCAGCACGAGGGCGCAGUCAUGGAGGCUUUUAACCGAGGCUUCAAGGACAGCUCGGUCGCUGUCCAGCUGGCCGCCAUGGAGGCCUUUGCUUCCUUCUUCCGGGGUCUCACCAAGAAGAGCCUACCCAAGUACUUCUCCCUGUUGCCCGAUGUCCUCAACAUACUCCCCCCCAUCAAAGACUCCCACAACUCCGAAGACCUUGGCAAGGCCCUCCAGGCCCUCAUCGAGCUGGCCGAGACGUCGCCCAAGAUGUUCAAGCCCCUAUUCCACAACCUCGUCGUAUUCAGCGUCGGCGUCAUCCAGGACAAGGACCUGAGUGACACCUGUCGCCAGAACGCCCUCGAACUGAUGGCCACCUUCGCCGACUACGCCCCCUCCAUGUGCAAAAAGGACGCAUCUUACACCAACGACAUGAUCACCCAAUGUCUGAGUCUGAUGACAGACCUCGGCGAGGAUGAUGAUGAUGCAGCCGACUGGCUGGAUUCGGACGAUCUCGACCAGGAAGAAAGUGACCUCAACCACGUCGCCGGAGAGCAGUGUAUGGAUCGGUUAGCCAACAAGCUCGGUGGCGAGACCAUCUUGGCCCCAACCUUUCACUGGCUUCCUAGGAUGAUGACGUCUAUGGCCUGGAAGGACCGGCACGCCGCACUGAUGGCCAUCUCAGCCAUCUCUGAAGGUUGCCGGGAACUGAUGAUCAAGGAGCUUAGUCAGGUCCUUGAGCUUGUUGUUCCCGCCCUGAAGGACGUCCAUCCCCGAGUACGCUGGGCCGGAUGUCAAGCUCUCGGCCAGAUGAGCACUGACUUUGCGCCUACCAUGCAAAAGGAUCACUACGACACAAUUCUGAAGGCCAUCGUGCCUGUACUGGACUCCCCCGAGGGCCGCGUCAAGGCUCACGCUGCUGCUGCCCUGGUGAACUUCUGCGAAGAGGCAGAGAAGAGCACAUUGGAACCAUACCUCGAUGAUCUCCUAUCCCACUUAUUUCAGCUUCUCCAGAACGACAAGCGGUACGUCCAGGAACAGGCGCUUUCGACUAUCGCCACUAUUGCCGAUGCCGCCGAGGCUGCCUUCUCUAAAUAUUACGAUACCCUCAUGCCCUUACUAGUCAGUGUCCUACAACGCGAGAAUGAGAAGGAGUUCCGACUACUCCGCUCCAAGGCCAUGGAAUGUGCUACUCUGAUAGCACUGGCCGUCGGCAAGGAACGUCUCGGGAAUGAUGCUAUGACUCUGGUGAAUCUCCUCUCCAACAUCCAGUCCAACAUUACCGAUACCGACGACCCUCAAUCGCAAUAUCUCAUGCACUGUUGGGGUCGUAUGUGUCGGGUACUUGGAGCCGAUUUCCUGGGGUUCCUGCCGAACGUGAUGCCACCCCUGGUCGAGUUGGCUAGUGCCAAGGCAGAUAUCCAGCUUCUGGAUACUGAUGAUGAGGUGGAACAAUACCAGCAAGAAGACGGGUGGGAGCUGGUGCCGCUCAAGGGAAAGAUGAUCGGUAUCAGGACCAGCACCAUGGAUGAUAAACACAUGGCGAUUGAGUUGCUCGUCGUUUAUGCACAGACGCUGGAGGGCAACUUUGCCCCCUAUGUCGCCGAAAUUAUGGAGAAGAUCGCCAUCCCUGGACUCGCAUUCUUCUUCCAUGAUCCGGUCCGCUUCAUCUCGGCGAAGCUAGUGCCUCAGCUGCUCAGCUCGUACAAAAAGGCCUACGGUCCGGUCUCCAAUGAGCUCCGGGGUCUGUGGGCUGGGACAGUGGAUAAGCUGCUUGAGGUCCUGACGGCGGAGCCCGCUAUCGAUGCGCUUGCCGAGAUGUACCAAUGUUUCUACGAGUCUGUCGAGGUCGUUGGCAAAGAUUGUCUCAGCCAGCAACAUAUGGGCAAGUUCAUGGACGGAGUCCUUUCCGCGAUUGAAGAUUACAAGGACCGCGUUGCCCAGCGUGACGAAGACAAAGAAGGUGUCACGGCCGAGGAUGCCGAGGAUGAAGCCGAAGAGCUCAUGCUUGCCAUUGAGGACGAUCAGACGCUUCUCUCCGACAUGAACAAGGCCUUCCACUCCAUCUUUAAGAACCACGGCGCCGUCUUCCUCCAGCCGUGGGAGCGUCUCAUGGGAACCUAUCAAGAAUUCCUCACCUCGUCAGAUCCAACACAGCGCCAGUGGGGUUUGUGUAUAAUGGAUGAUGUGCUGGAGUAUUGCGGACCGGAAAGUGUUCGUUAUGCUCAGUCAAUCAGCGGCGCUCUUCUGGAAGGUUGCAAGGACCCGUCGGCUGCUAUUAGGCAAGCCGCUGCAUAUGGAAUUGGUGUGGCUGCUCAUCACGGCGGAGCCCCUUGGUCUCAGUUCCUUGCGGAGUCAAUACCGUACCUUUUUCAAGUCACCCAGAUCCCGGAUGCUCGCGGUGAAGAUGCCGUCUAUGCAACUGAGAAUGCUUGCGCAGCUAUUGCCAAGAUCCUUCACUUCAACAAGCAAAGUGUGCAGGACACGCAGGCACUUUCUACGCAGUGGAUCAACACGCUGCCUGUCACUAAUGACGAGGAGGCAGCACCAUACGCGUAUGGCUAUCUCGUAGAGUUGAUUGAGCAGCAAAACCCUGCUGUGACGAGCCAGGCCGACAAGGUGUUCGUCUACGUUGGACAGGCUCUGGAGGCUGAGAUGCUACAUGGUCAACUGGGCGGCCGUGUUGCAAGAGCAAUACAAAUACUGCUCCAAUCCGCAGGCGUUGACCCGACGCCGCUGCUCCAACAACACUUCUCACCUGAAGGCCAGCAGACCAUCAGGCGCCAUUUCUCAUAG